CCGCGGUAGCAAUGGGACGAAGCCUCUCGAAAGCCGAGGCGGCGGGGGGAGAAGCGGAUGAGAAGGCGGAAGCAGCCGGUGGGAGCCGGAGUUGAGGAGACUUUGCACGAGUACGGGAGGACACGAGGACACAAGUCUACUGGGUUGUCUUCCCAAGGGCGGCUCCUCGGGGCCCUGUACUGGGCUUCUCGAUCGCGCACAGUUAAUCAGGCCUAUUGGAGCUUCUCCCCAAGAUCAUAAAUACAACCUGGUGGCCUAGAAGCUGCAAUGGAUACCGCAAAGUUGUCGUUGUUCUACUCAGCGCCAUGGCCAUCAUUACCACUGCCUUCCCGACCAGGACGCAUACUUUCUCGAAGAAAGCCCCAGCCAAUCUGACCCUCAAACGGCCCAACGGUGUUCAGACGCCUUUCAAAAGUUUCCAACGGCCGCCUGUGAAUCUUUACCCUGCGGAUGGGGAAGAAGAACACUCUAUCCGUUCAUUGCCAGAGAUUAUUGAGUUCAAUGCCCAGGCUAAUCCUGAUCACCUAUUCUGCAUCCAAGCGACAAAGGAAGCAGACGGUGGUUCAGGCGUCUGUCGAGUCUCGAACCACCAGUUGCGAAAUGCUGUCGCAAAUUGUGAGAGAUGGCUGCAGGAAAAUGUGACUGCACUUCAACUUCCUGCUCUCGCAACAGAUGACGGACAGGUGCAGAAAGGACGUCCGGUGGCUCUGCUGAUGGACAGCGGUCUGGGCCUGUUCCUCCAUCAGAUGGCUCUCAUUGGACUUGGGGUCCCGGUACUCCUGCUAUCCGCCCGUCUCAGCGCCACAGCAAUUCAUCAUCUGCUGAAGAAGACAAAUGCGGCUGCUGUCCUAGCAUCUCCUCGGCACCAGGGAACCGCCGCACAAGCUGUGGACCUUAUGUUGUCCACGGACGAGCGAACCAUCUCAUUGUACAAGCCGGUACCCUAUGCCACGUUCCUAGGGCCCGCCCCUGCAGUGGAAUCCAUCUGCCACACCCUUCACUUCUUCAGUGAAAAGGAUCGUGAUGUGCUUAUUCUCCAUUCUUCCGGAACCACCGGCCUGCCCAAGCCCAUCUAUGUCUCUCAUCGUCACCUUCUCUGCUUCACCACCUGUCACGCUUUUGAGACAGAGCAGGAGGCCCAGGGCAUCAACGUGUCUACGCUGCCCCUGUACCAUGGAUAUGGCCUCAUGGCCCCCGCUCUCGCCAUGGGCGCCGGCAAGACGGUGUGCUUCCCGCCCCCCGGCACCGUUCCCAGCGCCCACAGCGUUAUCCGCCUGAUCAAGACCACCCAGGCUGCGUCGCUGAUGUCGGUGCCAUCAAUCCUCGAGGAGAUGACGCUGGCACCCCAUGAUGAUGGUGUUCGUACUCUGGCAGCCCUGGACUUUGUCACUUUCGGUGGAGGCAUCUUGCCGCCUACAGUGGGCGAUCGACUGGUUGCAACGGGAGUGAAGAUAUUGAAUCACUAUGGGACCACCGAAAGUGGGCCGCUGUCGCCCUUCUUUGUGCCUCCCCCCGACUAUAACUGGCAUUAUUUCCGGCUGCGGCGUGAUAUGCGCCUGUCCAUCACGGAGAUUGCCCCGUCCGAAGGGGAGCGGCGCUUCCGGCUUACCACGUAUCCGUUUGGGUGGGACCAACCCUUUGAGAUCCAGGACCAGCUAGUUUGCAAUCCCGAGCAUCCGACCACUGAUUUCAAUGCCGUCGGACGGACAGAUGACCUCAUCGUGCUAGCUACCGGGGAAAAGGUCCUGCCACAGAUCCUGGAGUCUCUGCUAGUCGAAAGUGGCUUGGUGAAAUCGGCGAUUGCUUUUGGAGACCACCAUUUUGAGAUCGGGGUCAUAAUCGAACCGACCACUCCGAUCACGACCUUAGACGAUGCGCAUGCCCUCAAAGAGACGGUCUGGCCGGUCAUUCUCCGGGCUGGGGAGAAGAUGGAUGACCACGCCAAAGUCUCAUCACCGGAAGCGGUGAUCGUGGUGUCCGCGGGGGCUGUCAUUCCCCGUACGGAUAAAGGCUCCAUUGCACGCAAGGAGGUCUACAAGCUUUUUGAAGCGGAAAUCAGCCAGGUCUAUUACACCCUUGAGACGCGCGGAACAGAUGGUCCGGUGACCCCUCUUGACCCGGAGAAUCUGGAACAAGGAAUAAUUGAAUUAGUCCAGACGCGCCUCCACUGGGCUAUCCCCUUGACGGACUGGUCGGUGGAUGAUGAUUUCUUUGAGCGGGGCAUGGAUUCUUUGCAGGCCAUGCGGCUCCGACGAUUCCUUCUGUCAGCCGUUUCUACGGCCAACCACCAAAGUUCUCUCGUAAGCUGCAUAGGACGCGACUUCGUGUACGCUAAUCCAUCCGUGCGCCAAAUGGCGGACGCUCUCCGUCGGGCACACGCGCCCACCCCGUCUGCCCGCCCGGCAGCGAAUGAGCUGCUUCCGCAGCUCGUGCAGGCGCAUGCUCUCCAUGCAACAUGUUCGCUCACCAGGUUGGAUCCGGGGGCGAUCGUCGUUCUUACUGGGUCAACGGGAAGCUUGGGAUCCCACUGUCUGGCGGAAUUGGUGAAGUCUCCGCAUGUGGCCCGAGUGAUUUGUCUCAACCGAUCAAGAACAGAAGUGUCAGCCACGAGGCUAGCUGAUGUGGAUGGAACCGCUCGCCUGUCUCGUGCCUUGGCGGACAAGCGCAUUGCUUUGGACGGGGCCGGAUGGUCAAAGAUACAGAUAUAUGAAACUAACCUUUCUGCAGACCUCCUCGGCUUAUCGCCGUCCGAGUAUGCCAUGCUUCAAUCCGGGGUGACUCACAUAGUCCAUACUGCAUGGCCCAUGGACUUCAAGUGGCAACUCUCUUCAUUCCGGCCCCAUUUGCAGAUGCUUCACAAUCUCCUCCGACUGGCCCAAGAUGGGCAUAUCGCGCGGCCUACCAUUAAGCCCCGUCUGCUCUUCGUGUCGUCCAUCGCCACUGUCGGACGGUACGCCUUAGUGCGCGGAGAGCGGAUCAUCCCGGAAAGUCCUAUGGAUACGGUGGACUGUGCUAACUCCAUAGGGUACGCCGAAGCCAAGCUCGCCUGCGAGUGGAUCUUGGAGCAAGCCACACGAGAACAUCCCGAGGAGGUGGAGGUCUGCUAUGUACGUCUGGGACAGAUUGCAGGAGCGCGCUCCACGGGAUUUUGGAAUCCGCAGGAGCAUUUCCCCGCGCUGGUGAAAUCAUCGCAACUCGCAGGUGCCUUGCCUCAGUUACAAGGGACCCUAUCAUGGAUCCCCGUUGAUGAUGCAGCUAGAGUGCUGAUCAACCUGGCAUUAAGUGAACAGAAGCCAGCAAUAGUCUACCAUCUUGAGAACCCUGUUCGACAAUCGUGGAGCGAUAUAUUGAGUUCAAUCGGGACCCAGUUGGAUAUCGUGCAGUUCCUUCCUUUCGAGGGCUGGUUGGAUCGCAUCACCCACAUUCCGUCGACAGGUAAGCCCGAUCAGAACCCUGUCCUUCAAUUGGAAGAGUUCUUUCGGCAGGACUUUGUGCGCAUGGCAUGUGGUGCGGUGAUUAUGGCGACCGAUGAAGCGAGAAGGAGAUCAGAGACUUUGCGACGCGUGGAUGUGGUGCCGGACGAGGUAGUGGCAUCAUACGUGCAGUCCUGGCGCAAAAUGGGUUACUUGUCUUGAUAGAAGCUUCUGGUUUGAUUCAGCACCUGGUUAUUCCUUGAUCGUAUUCGUAUAUCAGAAUUGAAUCUACUUCAAAGCCUGUUAUACUUUGUUCUAUCACCCAUGAAGAGAUUCAGGCUCUGAUCAUCAAUUUUAU